GCAAUGCAUAAUGCAUUCAUCUUCCUUCUUCUCUCUUUCACCCUCAACUCAAACCAAACCUUUCUCUUCCAACUUCACCCCAAACUCAAACCUCCUUCAAACACUACGCCCUCUUCUUAUUCUUCUUCCCUCCAAACUCAAACUCAAAACCAAAACUCUCUCAUUUCACAGACCCUCUUCUUCUUCAUCAUCUUUUUCAAUAACCAACACCAUAACAAGAAUCUUACGUGUCAUUCCUGAUUGGGCUGAUCAUGUGAAAGAGCGUGGUGUGCAGCAGAACCGAACCCUUUACAACCAUCACAAUUGGGUUGAACACCGAAGCUCUCUUCGCCACGUUCGACAUUUCCUCUCUAGCCUCUCUUCUCGUGUUGUCCUUUCUCUUGUGCCACCGGUGAUUGUGUUUACUUCCUUCGCCACCAUCAUUGCCGGAUACAAUUCGGCUGUGUUGGAGCGAUGGUUGCCGGAGUUUUUCCCAGUGCUGAAGGCCUCCUCCCUGAGCUAUCAGCUGACAGCGCCAGCAUUGGCGCUGUUGCUGGUGUUUCGAACCGAGGAAGCCUACGCGAGGUUUGUGGAGGGGAAGAAGGCUUGGACUAAGGUCAUUGCGGGUGUGAAUGAUUUUGCAAGUGUGGUGAUGGCAGGUGUUGAUAAUAAUGCUGAUGAUUUGCAUGUCAAGAUGUCACUCUUGCAUUACAUCAUGGCCUUUCCUGUUGCACUUAAGUGUCAUGUGUUGUAUGGUUCGGAUGUUAGGAGGGACCUCCAAAAUUUGCUAGAAGUUGAUGACCUACAGCUAGUGGUUGAUUCGAAACACCCUCCUCGCUGUAUUAUUGAGUUCAUCUCACAAAGCAUAAAACUGCUAAAGUUGGAGGAUUCAAGAAGAAAUGUCUUGGAGUCAAAGAUCUCUUGCUUCCAUGAAGGAAUUGGCAUUUGUGAACAACUCUUGAGUAUUCCCAUACCACUAUCAUAUACAUACUUGACCUCAAGGUUUCUUGUCCUCUGGCAUCUUACACUACCUAUCAUACUAUGGGACGAUUGUCAUUGGAUUGUGGUUCCUGCUACUUUUAUUAGUGCUGCCUCCUUGUUCUGCAUUGAAGAAGUUGGAGUUCUAAUAGAGGAGCCAUUUCCAAUGCUUGCACUUGAUGAUCUCUGCAAAAAGGUCCACAAAGAUAUCCUGGAAGUAAUUGCAACUGAAAAUUUAAUUCGAGAUCAACUUGUAGCAAAGAGAAAUAACUACUCUAAGGAGAAUUCACAAAAUGGCUGGCCUUACUCCUAGAAGAAAGGGGUAUGAAUGUAUCUCCUAACUUAUGCUCAUGAAGUGGCUUUGUACAUAGUACUGUCAGUCAAGCUGAUUUCUAGGAAUACAUUCUUUUAAGUGAUUACUCAUCAUGAUCGUACCAUAUUUGCAGAAGUUCGAGAAUUUCUUUUCACAAAUUCACCAAUAAAAAAGGGAUUCACGGAUUUAUUAUUGAUCUGUAUAUAUCCAAAUCAUGUAAAUAUAAUCAUUGUUUUAGGUUUUCUUUUUCCCGUUCGGCCUGUAUAUAUAACACUACAACAAAUUGUGUAAUCGCAAUAACUUGCCAUCCUGAGAUUGGAUUUUUAUUUAACUCAUAAUCUUUGAAGUUUUGUCUUC